AUGGAUAUUAUGAGCUGGUUUGACUGGAAAUUAAUCAUGAUAGGUUAUGCCCGUGGACUGGUGAUCGUUUUCUCGACUGGAAGACCUCGACGGUUUGUUGGAAUGGUUGAAAAUGCAGAGAUAAAAGGCAUGCAGAAGGCUCAACAAGAUGCAUAUGAAAAGGAAAUUAGCGAGUUCAUGCAAAGAAACUCUGCCAGGUCUAUUAGAGCGUCUGCGUUGCCAAGUCCGUACGGUGAUUCUUCAACGACAGGAUUAUCAAGUAGAAGUAGUGGGUUGCCUCUAAAAUUCGACCAGAAGGAUCUUCGCGGUACUGAACAGAGUUAUGGUGCAAUAAUAGCCCAAAAGGGGAAUCCACCCAUAAUGCCAGCAGUAAUAACUCCUGGAGGUGUAAUGGACCUCUCAACCAUAUUAUUUAGGAAUCGUAUAAUCUUCAUCGGACAGCCAAUCACCUCACAGGUUGCUCAAAGAGUUAUAACUCAGCUUGUGACUCUGGCAACCAUUGAUGAGGAUUCUGAUAUUUUGCUGUAUUUGAACUGCCCUGGUGGAAGCACAUAUUCUGUGUUGGCUAUUUAUGAUUGCAUGUCUUGGAUAAAGCCGAAGGUUGGCACUGUCUGUUUUGGAGUAGCUGCAAGCCAAGGAGCACUUCUUCUUGCUGGUGGAGAAAAGGGGAUGCGCUAUGCUAUGCCAAAUGCACGUAUCAUGAUACAUCAACCGCAAAGUGGAUGUGGGGGUCAUGUGGAAGAUGUGAGGCGCCAAGUAAACGAAGCGGUUUUAUCUCGCCAUAAAAUUGACAGAAUGUAUGCUGCCUUUACAGGCCAACCUCUUGAGAAAGUGCAACAAUACACUGAGAGGGAUCGUUUCCUGUCUGUGGCUGAGUCUAUGGAGUUUGGCCUUAUUGAUGGCAUCCUGGAAACUGAAUACUGAAAGCGAAAUCGUAUGAGCUAAGUUUUUCAAUUCUAUUGGAAUUCGAUAGAGCAAUUUGUUGUCCGACUGAUCCCAUGAUAAAUCAAAAUUGUAAUCAUGUCCCAUGAGUGAUAUAUAAAAUUUCAAAUAUCGCUAUUUGAAGGUUUUGAUUUUGAUUUUGCAA